AUGCCUGGAGACAUGAAUGAUCUCCGACAUCGAGCAGAAAAAUACAUGCAAAUGGAGGAGUUGGCCAAAACAAGAAAUCAGGCUAGGGCUGACGAAGGUUAUAGUCAAAGAGACUAUGGUCGAGAGCCAGUUAAAAAGAGGAAUAUCGAGCAGCUAAGUACUCGUCCCUCGCGCGGACCACGUCACACAACAUAUAUGCCUCUCAAUGAGAGUAGGACCAAAAUAUUGGAGCAGGCUCUAGCCUCCAAGAUCCUCAUUGUACCGAAGCGGGCGAACACCCCUCUUAGGACGGACAAAGCGAAGACGUGUCGGUACCACUAUAACAGAGGGCACUACCCCGAGGAAUGCCCAGCACUUAAAGACAAAUUGGAGGAUCUUAUCAAACAAGGUCACUUGAGAAGUUUUGUCAACCGUCGAGACUACGCUUCGACGUUAGACCACCGCCAAGUAUUGAAAGAAAGGUCCUACCACCCUCAUGAAGUACGGCACGUGAGGGACCAUAGAGGUCGUUCUUGCUCCGACGAACAGAGGGAUCAUUCUAGGGAAGGUAAUGAGCAACCAAGAAAGGUGAUAAACAUUAUAGCAAGAGGUUUCGCAGGAGAAGGAGCCAUCUCAUUGGCACGGAAAAGGCACCUUCGGCUUUCGGCCCUCUAA